CCGCCCCCGGACUACAACUCCCGGCAUCCCGCGCGCAGGAAACGCAUCACAGCAACUACGUCAUCACUCGGCGACAGAACCAUGUUACCGGCAGAGACGGACGUCGCCCGCUCUCUGGAGCUCCUGCAUAUGACCAUUUUCAGCCAGUGCUUCUCGCCGUGUGGGAAAUUCCUGGCAGUUGGGAAUAACCUGGGGCAGAUUGGCAUUUUCAGCCUGACCUCCGCCCUCAGCUCAGAGGCCAAGGAACAGAGCAAGCAGCCAGUAAUUUUACUGCGAGCACACGUGGGACCUGUUUACAGUCUGACUUCUACUGAACGUCACCUUAUCAGUGCUGGGGACAAUGACGUAAAAGGAUGGCUUUGGUGUGACCUCAAUAAGAAGGGCUGUGUAGCAUCAUGGACUAACCGCGUGCCCUCAAGGAACAGCUUGGAAACCCCUGAAAUUAACAGUGUGGUGCUGAAUCAGGAUAAUUCACUGCUGCUAGCCGGAGGAAGCUGUGAAAUCCACAAUAUGGACUUGGAGACGGGAACUUUUACUAUGACUCUAGAAGGACACAAGGACUAUAUUCACUGCCUGGCACUGCGUGACCAUCACAGAGAGUGUGUAUCUGGGAGUGAGGAUGGGUCCGUCCGUCUAUGGGACCUACGCAGCGGGACACAGACUCACAAGAUCGAGGUGUAUAAGUAUGAGGAGUGUGCGCGACCUCAGUAUGGUAAAUGGAUCAGCUGCCUGGCCACAGACUCUGACUGGAUGGUGUGUGGCGGAGGUCCUAUGCUGUCACUAUGGCAUCUUCGUUCAAUGACACCAACCACCAUCUUCCCAAUACAGGACAGUCAGCAGCAAGUACAUUUUUACCAGGAUAUGAUCCUGUGUGCAGGGCAGGCUCCAUACAUUAAUCAUUGUCAAAUUAAUGGAGAGAUCAGAGCGCAGAUACCCAGCACCCCACGCUGUGUCUACUCCCUGUGUAUCAACGAGGGAUCUCAGGAGAACAAGGUCCUUACAGCCGCCGGGAGCAGUGCCAAAAUUGACGUCUUUACCAACUUCCGAUACAGAGCCUUUUCCCUGACCUUUUAAAUCCUUUAAUGGGACGACAUUUUCUAUUCCAUACAGGCUUUUUUUUCUAUUUUUUUCUUUUAUUUUUUUU